GCCGGAAUGGCCGGGCUGGCGGAGGCGGCGGGAGGAGCGGUGGAUCCUGGAAGUGCAGCUCCGCGCUGGGACUGGCUCCUUCGCAGCCAUUUUGUCCAACCACAGCCGCCUCUGCAACUAACCAACCAGGGCUCCGGCAGCGCUUCAAUAAGGUUUGCAGCCAUAAGGAUAUUUUAAGGAUAUUUACAUGUUUGAAGAAGGACGAGCUGACUGACCUUAUCCCUCACCAAGAUCACAGAAAAGGAUGGUCUGGCCGUGAUCACAUUACUGUUUGUGCAAAUUGAUAGUCAUGAUAACUACUUUAUGAGAGUGACUACACUUCCAAAUUGGCUGUAAAGCAUUGAGGUCUACAGAUGGAUGGUGACAGUUCCACGACAGAUGCUUCACAGUUAGGAAUUGCAGGUGACUACAUUAGUGGAAGUCACUACGUGUUACAGUCUCAUGAAGGAGAUGCUGAUGAGGGGCUUGGUGACCAUGAUGACACAAAUGGCUCCAAAGAGUCCUACAGGGAACAAGACAUCUAUCUUCCGAUUGCCAAUGUUGCCCGGAUAAUGAAAUCAGCUGUACCCGCAACAGGGAAGAUCGCUAAAGAUGCAAAAGAAUGCGUUCAAGAAUGCGUGAGUGAGUUUAUCAGCUUUAUAACGUCUGAGGCUAGUGAGCGAUGUCAUCAAGAGAAACGCAAAACCAUCAACGGCGAAGAUAUCCUUUUUGCCAUGUCUACAUUAGGCUUCGAUAGUUACGUGGAACCUUUAAAACUCUACCUGCAAAAGUUCAGAGAGGCAAUGAAGGGGGAGAAAGGAUUAAACACAUCAACAGGUGGAGGCACAGAUGGCCUGGGCGAGGAGCUCACAGAAGAAACUUUCUCUAAUCAGUUGACAACAGGAUUAAUCACUACAGAUGGUCCACCACAAAACGUUAUGGUUUAUACCACAUCUUAUCAACAGAUUUCGGGCGUACAGCCCAUACAGUUCUCCUGAUGGCAACCACUGAUGACUUAGAAACAUAUCAAUCUCCGUGAUAACAAGAUAACUGGCUGAAAGAAAGGAAAAAAAGAAUUGGAAAAGAUAAGAGCAGUUGAAUGGCUGGCUGACCGAAGAGGAUGAUCUCGAGCUGCUCUUGUAUUAUAUUCUUCUGAAUAGUUGUAGAUGCUUUGACAGGUUCCUGGGGUGUGACCAAGAAAUCCAGUUUCUGACCCCACCUGAAGGAUCAUUUCUUAUUUACCAGUUUUAAAAAACUGAAUCUUUAUAAUGUAUCACAGUUACAAAGUACUUUUGUUUUGUACAAGAGUUGUUGGGUUUUGUGUGGAUACAUGCAGGAAGCUGAUGUCAUUGGCCGCUGUGUGUCUGAUUUAUUACUGUCAGAACUUACUGGGCAGUAUCUUAUUUUCAUAUUGAAUCAUGUUGCUCCUUUUGUAAUUCAGAUAAGUAAUUUCACUAGAUGUACCCUUUUAAUAAAACAGGUGUAUAAUAAAUUGUUUUUGAGAGUAA